AUGUCUUCGCAACCCCAGAAGCGAAAGCACAAAACAUUAACAAUUAAAGAAAAAAAUGAUAUUUUGGAACGCUUAAAUCGUAAUGAAUCUUUCAGUAGUUUGGCGAGUGAAUACGGCGUAGGCCGUUCAACAAUUUAUGACAUUAAAAAGAACCGCGAAAAUAUUCAAAAAUUUAUGUCAACCACUGACUGUGGGCCAGGCAAAAGGCAGACACUCAAGAAAGCUAAACAUCCAGAGGUGGAAGAAGCUUUGUAUAUGUGGUUUCGUCAGGAAAGAAACAAGCAUACGCCUAUUUCUGAGCCCAUAUUGGCCACGAAAGCUAAGUUUUUUUACAAGGAGAUAACAAAAAAGGACGACUUUUUGGCUAGCAAGGGAUGGUUGGAACGCUUCAAAAAUCGUUAUGGAAUACGUUUGAUGGCUAUAACGGGAGAAAAUCUUUCUAAUGAUACAUCCUGCAUAGAGCUAUUUAAAUUGAGAUUUUUUCAAAAAGUGAAAGAUUUAGAUCUUUGCCCUUCACAGGUAUACAAUGCAGAUGAAUCAGGGCUUUUCUGGCGUGUAAUACCUAGCAAAACGUUUGUUUCAUAUAACGAUAAUUCUGUACCCAUACGUAAGGUGAUUAAAGAACGUGUAACCAUAUUACCAUGUGCUAACGCUGCGGGUACACACGCGCUAAAGAUGGCGGUCAUUGGAAAAUCUAAUAAACCACGUGCAUUCAAAAACAUUGAUAUACCUGUACACUAUUAUGGACAAAAAAGUGCGUGGAUGACAAAAGACCUUUUCAAAAAGUGGUUUGACGAAUGCUUCGUGCCUGAAGUUAGAAAAUGGUUGAAAGAUCAUAAUCUUGCUCAAAAGGCGUUAUUGCUUCUUGAUAACGGUCCCGGCCAUCCGUCUGAAGAAGAACUGACAACAAACGAUAAAUUCAUCACUGCCAUGUUUAUUCCACCAAACUGCACUGCUCUGUUACAACCAAUGGAACAGCAUAUCAUUCAGUUUGUCAAACAAGACUACAAGAAGAACCUGCUACUGAGAGCCAUAUCAAAAGACCAGCCUAUUGAAACGACAUUAAAAGAAUUCAAUAUGAAAGACUUUGUUUUUGCUCUUUGUCAAUCCUGGAAUGCAUUGCCCCCAUCGACCAUUACAUCGUCAUGGAAAAACUUGUGGCCAGAUAUUGUCACCACUCCUGAUAGCGAUCCACAAAUCAGAGUUAAUUCGGAAGUAAUAGAGCAAGUUGCUGUCGAAACGCAAAUAAGUUCACAAGAUUUGGAAAUCUGGAUCCAUGGAAUCGAUAAAGAGGAAAAUGUAUUUCAUGAAAUGUCCGACGAAGAGAUUAUAAAUCAGGUUUCUAGUUCUACGAUAAUAAAUAAAGAAGAUGAUGACGAUGUGAUUGAAACUACUCCGCAAGUGGCAGCACAAGAUGCGAUCAACGCAUUUGAGCUGGGUUUGCAAUGGGCUGAAGAGAAUGGUGCAUCCUGUGAUGAACUUUUACUUUUGAGAAGAUUGAGAGACAAGGCUCUAGUCUCGCGUUUUAACAAUGUAAAACAACCGACAAUUUAUAAAUAUUUUCAUGCUUCAUAA